AUGCUAUAUUGGCGCAAGCGUGUGACACCAGCCUCGAGUGAGAUUUGCAUGAUUUCAGUGGAAGCGACGGCGGGACUAUCCGUCUCAUUCGUGAACCUUUUCACCACCAAGCACUCCCAAGAGCUACCGAGCCUGAUGGUGCGGAGCUGA